AUGGCCAAUCCAGUUAAGAUUGGAUACUAUGAUCCAUUUGGCAUAUAUCCAUUGAUUAAAGAUGAACUCAACAAAAUAUCUCCUAUACUGAGUUUACACAUAAGGUUUCAUCCUUCACAACCUUUGAAAACAAUUCAUGAUUUGUCACUUGAAUUCACAGAAGAGAUUCCCAAAAAGUCGGAGUCCUCUACUCUGGAGAAUUACAAUGUUUACACCAGACUAAUGCUUAUUAAGAUAGAAUCAUUGGACAAGUAUCGUAGCCAAGUGAGACCGUUAAUCAAAGAAUGGUUGAAGAAUCUUGUUUUUAAUGAAAAAGUGAAUGGCUCUUCACCAUCAUGGAUGAUUCUACUAUAUGUACCCUCCGAUGCCAAGGAUAAACAGUCAACGAUUAUUAAAAUGUCUCACUAUGACAAACUAUUGAAGGAUUUUAGUAAUGAAGGAGGUAAGGAAUUGGCAGCUCUAUUUGCCGAAUCUACUUCGCCUACUGCAUCUGUCGGUGCUCAGAACAGCGAAUCAACUGGGUACUGUUUUAAAUUCAAACAGCAUGAAUUUGAAUUGAACGAAUUUCUUGUUCAAAUUAAAAACCUAUUGGGGUUUACAUUUAACCAAAAGUAUCAUUUGAAUCUGGAUUUGAUAACGACAAGUGGCGAUCACGAAAACAAUUCGUUGACGAAAUAUGUGGCAACUUAUAACUUAGCCGAAUUGUUCUAUGAUAUGAAGCUAUUUAAUGAUUGUAUCAACUUUUUCAAUCGGUUAUCAGAGCAAUUAAACACCUUGGUUGAGAAUAAUCCAAAUUUAUUUAUAUAUAAAGUUGACUUACCAGCCAAAGUUUUCUCGAAUAAAUUUGAUUUCAAAAAGUUUUAUAACAAUAAAUGCCAACAUAUGCAUGACGUCAACUCGUUUACCAAUGUGAAUUUAUUUGAAUUGAAAUGCUUUAUAUUUUUCAGACAAGCAUCCACGCUUGAAAUGUUAGUUAACAAAAACUUGAACAAUUCCAUCUCAUUAGCAGAAUUACAAAUUUCCAAGCUUUUACGAAAUUUGGUACUAUUUUUAAAUGACUUGUUACAGGUAUUUCAAAACGAGCAAGCUUUAAUAGAAUUUGAGUACUCGAUAAUCGAGUAUUUCUUGAAUUUAGAUAUAGUCAAUAAACUUAUCGAGCAAGCUACAAAACUUUAUGAAGCUGAACCAGCAAAUAACAACAAUUCAUAUCAACUAAAAAGAUUGUUUGAGUCAAGAGGAGAACUCAAGUUACUGCAGAGAUCUAGUUUGAUCAAAUUGGCACGUGAAAAUAGCAUCGAAAUUAAAGGUUUGGAUCAGGUUUUUGAGGAUGUCUCUCUUGACGAAGAGGAAGGACCAAAACAAUCUAAAGAUUCUACAGAACAAGUCAAACUAGAUUUAAAGCACCCAAAACUAUUACAGGCAAUACAAAGUAAGGAUUCAUUCGUUGAUGAGUUUACUAAACUAACUGAAGGAAUACUUGAAGAUUUUAUGGGCUGUGAUAGAUCAAAAACUAUAGAUGUAUUAUCCAUAGAUUUAGCCAUAUUAAACUACGAGAAAGGUGAUUAUAGUGAAUGUUUACAAAUCUUACACGACUCAUACGAUUUCUUUAUUCAGAAUGGAUGGAACUAUUUAGGUGGCAUAUUAUUAGAAAUCUAUUAUGGAUGUAUGGAGAAAACUCAAUCUACCAAUUUUGAAGAAAUAUUGAGUACUUGCUUAAAAUUAUUGUCAUGUUUAGUUGCUAAUCAUACUGAUAUCAAUUCUUUCAGAUUGAUUAAUAACAAGUUACAAAUUAAAAAAUUGUUUGACAGAAUUGAAGUCUAUGCAAAUAAGUUAGAUCCCACCAAGAAAUUCGAAAGAUCGUUGAACCAGUUUUUCAAAACCGACAUACUUCCGUAUAUAAGUGCCGAUGAAUCCACAUCGAGGGAUAAAUAUUUGAUCCGAUUGAAACUUAAGAACCCCUUCUCCUUGGGAUUUGUCUUCAAACAUGUUGAAUUGAUUAUGGUGGACGAAGAAGGAUCAGAAAUAGUCUUUCAUGCUGAGAAUGUUGAGAUUUCAGACAAGAUAGACAACACAAUUCAAUUAUCAACCAAUAAUUUUAUAUUGGGGUCGUUCUCACCAUAUCGUUUGACAAUUCAGUUCUAUAAUAGUUUAUUUUUGGUAUUAGACUAUGGAGAGAAGGAAUUACAAAUGAAUCAUGCUUCUUUUUUAAGUGAUACAGUGAUUGAACAUAACGGUAAUAAUAAUGACGUGUUUGUUUAUGAUGGUUUGACUCCAAUGUCUGUAUUUAAACCAAGACACGAGAAAACACUUUUGGCGUAUCAGAAUAUCAAUAAAUUGACUGCCCAGUUUUGUUGUGCCAAUGACUUGAAAUUGGGUUCCACAGAAGUAGUUUUAAAGAUCAAAAAUGGAAGCAAUCCUAUCCACGAUGUUAGAAUAAAUUUGUUUUCCACCACAGAGGGACUAACAGUAGUCGACCCGGAUUUGAAAGUCAGCAAACUUGAUUCACAUGAAAGUCAAACUUUUUUAAUCCCUUACAAUUUUGUCAGGUCAGUUAAUAAAAUCAUUAAUAUGAGAGCAAAGAUUGAAUACAAAGUUGAUAAUGAGGAGCAAUACAGUUUCCAAGUUUCCUAUAACAUAGACACUGCAUUAACUAUAUCAGUUACUGUCCAAGACAUAUUCAAACGGGAUUUUAUAUAUUCAAAGUUUCAAGUGGGCACAUCCAAUCCCAAGUACCCCAUUAGAAUCAUCAACAAUGAUCUAACCACUGAGUCAAACUAUGAAAUAAUCAAACCAAGUAAAUUCCCUUCGUAUGAUAUUAUCGCAUUUGGCGAACAACCCAGUAAUUUCUUUUACAAAAUCAAGCCCAAAAGCAACAAAGUGUAUCUCAACGAUACUUUAAGCUUGAAAGUUGACUACACCAAUUUGCAAGAAGAGUGUGAAGAGUAUGUUUCUCAAGAGAUAAUACACCAAUUGGAACGCAUCAAAUUGGUCAAGUAUUGGUAUUUGAUUAAGGAUGUCAUUGUCAGUAAAUUAACAUUUGAUCUAAAUGGUUUUGCAGUAUACAAGACGAUUAGAUUCUUGAAUGGAUUAGAAUUGAAUUUACUAGCAGAGAGAAUUAUUUUGCAAUAUGUGGAAAGCUCAAUGGAUCAGAAGAAUUUGGUCAAAUUAAUGCUGAAUUUACUUGUGAAUCAUAACUUUGAAACACCCAUAGAUUCAUAUGAAUACAAUAAUGUUCUUCAUUUACACAUUUCAGUUCCAGUUCCUGUUUUGAAGUAUUUGCAAAUAGUUGAAUAUGAGUAUGACAAAAAACAGUACACUGUUGGAGAACCUAUCAAUGUCAAUUUGAAAAUCAAUACAGUAACAAGAUGGUGCCCCAAAGACCGAGAUCGUGAAUUUGACGACAGUGAACAUGAAUCCCAACCUCUUGCUGUGUCGUCGCCCCAAAGAAAUAAGAGGAAAAAUAGCGAUAACAAUAGUGACAAUUCCAUAUUAAUUACCAACAGGGAUCAGUUUCAAUUAGUGAUACAACAAGACGAUAAUUGGUUAAUGUCAGGGUUCAAGCGUUUUACAUUUAAUGGUGGGCAGGAAACGACCAAACAAUUGACUUUAAUUCCACUAACUGUUGGUAAGAUACCGUUACCUCAAGUGUCAAUCAAAGAAUUGACAGAUGGUGUAAAUCUUAGCAUUGACGAUGAAGAUGAUGAUGACAGUGAUGAUAUAGAUAUCGAGUUUAUUAACGGACUGGAAACUAUUUUAGUAAUACCAGAGGUAAAUAGUAUUACUUUUUCAUUCUAG